AAAAAAAAAAAACAGCACGUGCGAGUCGGUCUCCGACUUCCGUACGCGGGUUCUCCGCACGUGCUCUCCGCCGGAAACGCCACCGUUAAAAAACCAACCCUCCUUUCCUAGGGUUUUCCCGAGAAUCGUCUUUCCCCAGAAUUCCUCAGAUCCCAAAAAUAAAAAAACCCACCAAACAGAAAACAAACGCUCCUUUCCUGGAAAAUUACUCUCUCUAUCUCAGCGGUGAUUUUCUCGGGGGGAAAUUUGUUCCAUAUCCAGUCCCAAAUUUUCCUGGAGCUCAAUACUCCGCAAUCGCCAGGUAGAUAAGAGGUUGAUGGUGCAGUUGAUGAAAUCGGAGAACUUCCCGGCUGCCGCCGGAACUGGAUCCCUGUCGUCGACGAUUGGGAGCAAGGAUGCGCCGGUGAAGCUGGAGAUCGUCGAGGACACUUUGGAGGAAGAGUAUGGCCCUCUCAACAAGCGAUCCAAGACUCUUCAACAGGUUUUCAGCAGUGGGGUGCCGGUGCUAAUGCAUUUCCCGUGCCGCCGGCGCAAUACAAUCCACUCGAUGAGCCGAGUCCUCUGGGGUUGCGGCUGAGGAAGAGCCCGUCGCUGUUGGAUUUGAUUCAGAUGAAGCUCUCUCAGGGGGGUGUUGCUUCGAAGCCGGCGGAAGCUCAGCAGAGUGACAAACCAAGCUCUGGAGCGAAGAAGGACAAACCGCUGAGUGAUAAGCUGAAGGCUUCGAAUUUCCCGGCAUCCGUGCUGAGAAUUGGGUCAUGGGAGUAUACGGCGAGGUACGAGGGGGAGUUGGUGGCCAAAUGUUACUUUGCCAAGCAUAAGCUCGUGUGGGAAAUUCUUGAUGGUGGUCUCAAGAGUAAGAUAGAAAUUCAGUGGUCUGAUAUCAUGGGUCUCAAGGCCAAUUGCCCAGAAGAUGGACCUGGAACUUUGAAUGUCGUGCUUGCUAGACAGCCCCUUUUCUUCAGGGAAACUAAUCCACAGCCCCGGAAGCACACUUUGUGGCAGGCCACUGCAGAUUUUAACAAUGGACAGGCCAGCUUACACAAGCAGCAUUUUCUUCAAUGCCCACAAGGGCUGUUGAACAAACACUUUGAGAAGCUGAUACAGUGUGAUAUGCGGUUGAACUUCUUGAGUCAGCAACCAGAGAUAGUUGUAGAUUCACCCUAUUUUGAAAAGCGGGCAGAUGUCUUUAGUGAGCUAGAUGAAUCCAACGAUCAAGAAGUUGACCAAGUGGAAAAUGGAAGAGGUUCAGCGUUUGCAGCAGCUGGCUUCCAAAAUCUGGCUUCACCAUCUGCUGGGUAUUCAUCCUCGGAGAUGGAUCGAGGGGAUCAUACCGGUACAACAUCAGAACUCAUGUCCCGUGAAGCUCCCUCUCCCAGCUCAGUGAUGGAUAAUCAUGCGAUUGAAGGAAGGGGAAACUUUGAGUCUGUUGAUUCACGAGCACCCAGGAAUUGGGAUCAGAUAAAAGUACCGGGCCUUACACCUUCAAUGUCCAUGAGCGAUCUCAUGAACCACAUUGGAAACUGUAUUUCAGGCCAGAUGAACUCCGGCAAUACAUCAUCGCUGUCCGCAGAUGGAGAAGAAUGCCAAGAGAUAUUGGCAGACAUAGCUCAAUACCUCCUAAGCGACACCCAAAACACAACAUCCUCAGAUGAGAAGAGGCUAAUGGCUAGGGUCAACUCUCUCUGCUGCCUCCUGCAGAAGGACCCCACCUCUUCUUCACAGCAGAAUCUGCAGACUAUCGGAGAGGACAGCAGCAAUGACUCGGUUUUCCAGCUGAAUCAACCAAACGGAUCUUUGUUGUUGCCUGAAUUCAAACCGUCGGAAGGUAACAACAUGAAGGAUGUUGCUUCGUCGAGCUUAAAGGCUCCAUCAGGGAUGUCAAGAAGAGACUCGUUCGGGGAUCUCCUGCUUCAGCUCCCUCGAAUUGCCUCUCUCCCCAAGUUCCUUUUCCAUAUAUCGGAGGAAGACUGAGGAGAGAAUAAGAGUAGAUGAUAGUUGAAAUGUUCGCAGCUCGGUCCCCCUCUAUGAUUGUUGAUAUCAAUGAUAGUAGUUAUUCCCUCUACUCUCUCUUGUGAAGUGAUUCGCUUGUUUGUUUAAAAUUUAUCAUGUCCAACCUCUGGCUGAUGUGAAAAACUCAAUGAGCAUUGGUUUGAAGUUUGAACCCUAAGGGGUGAACUGGGAUUCCGAGAUUUGGCUUUGAUGAAGAAUCCCCAGAUUGCCUUCACCAUGAUGUACAAAGAAACCAAGUGGAUUGCAUUGUGUAAAUUGAUUACCUCUCUUCUUUCUCUGAGCAUUUCAUAUCAGUACGUAGUUUCAGGAUGAUCGUCUUUGUGAUCUUGUUCUGGUAGCUGCAGAUUUGAUAGUUUAGCACAGGCUAUUUGAGCUACCUGUAACAUGAAUCGACAAAGACGUUCGACACAUUCGUGAUCUUAUUCUGAUAUGCUGCAAAUUCGAGUAUGUGCACCAGAGACGUUUCUGGGUCUUUGAUCUAUUAUAUUUCGAUAAGUGCGAAUCUGGUUGUAUGCAUAGGACCAAAACACUCUAAGCCAACAUAUGCAAUGAAAUCAAUACGUUCAACUUUGCCUUCAAGACUUAAAAGAACUUGCAUCAAAAUGUUCAUUUUCUUGAUCUAUGCUCUGCUACUGUAUAAACCCAUUGAAGAAACAAGGCCAUAUGCACUCCUAUGAUGAAACUGGUCAAAAAAUUUGCUCCCUCUGUUCUAACAAUCAUAUCUACCAACCUUAAUUCCCCCUACAAUUUACAGUUCUGCAAUGAAUUCGUGUGUGCUUUUUCAACUUUCAAUCGAGGCUUGCACAUAUGAAGCAAGCAGGCUCACUCUCUUGCUCAUCGGAAGCCAUGUUCAAGCACAGCAUGUGGAAGACAUGGCCGCAACCCAGCACCGCAGCUUCAGGGAAGUUCAUAGUCCCCGAUUCGUUCUCCGGUGGGACGGGCGCAUACGCCAGAUCCCUCUCGCAGAUCAUGCAGUUCUGCCCUAGCUUCCAGUCAUUACCCCCUUCACCACCUCCCACCAAACCUGCAUACAAUGCUUCAUCGCACUUCAGGUAAUAUGUCAUUCCUCUCUCCACUGCUUCCUUUCCCUGCGGCGAGGACGGAUUCGCUCCCUUCCUCCUCUGCUGCUGUUUUCUUGGCGACCCUUUCGGUUUAGGAUUCGUCUUCUGUGGUCCUAGCUUCAGCUUCUCCCCUGUAGGUUGAGACUGAGCUUGAGAAGCUGCCUCAGGUUUCUCCUUCAGAGUUGCAUUCUUAGGAACUGGUUGCUUCUUCUCCUUCUUUGCUGUCCCUCCUGAAGCUUUUGCCUUUGAAUCAACAUUACCCUUCGUCGCUCCACCUCCCAAUUUCAGCUUCUCUUCGGAAGCUUUUGCAGCAGCAGCAGCAGCAGCUCUAGUUGUCGGU